AUGUCGUCCAUCUUUGCUUCAAGCGAAAUCGUGUCGAACGGAACGAACAAGACGGAACCGGUUAGCGUCUUAGCGUUCCUGCCGUUGGCCAUCAUCAGUUGUGUUUCGGUCGGUGCGCCACUCAACCUGUUGAUCGCCGUCGUCAUAAUCGUGCAACGGCGAUUGCACAAGCCUCGUCACAUCGCUUGGUUAGGUGUAACCUUUUCCAAUUUAUUUGCCCAGGUGGUAAGCGUCAACGAACUCAUCGUUUUCUACCUGAUGCCCGAAAGCAAAACGGCCUGCUGGAUAUUUUCCCUUUUGGUUGGCAUCCCAUACGCCAGUUUGCUAUUAAAUCUACUGCUGGGUUUGAUUGAUCGCUUCAUCGCCAUCACCUUCCCUCUUUGGCACAAAAAUCAAGUGUCCGUCAAACUCAUCAUCGCUGGGCAGUUAACGGGAGUUGUCCUUCUUUCCAUCCUCUUUAAAGCAUCGCAUUUCUGGGACGGAAUUCGGAAAAACGUCAGUUGCCAUAAAAAUGAGCCGCAUGGAAAAAUCAUCGUCCUUACACUGACUGUGCUCGUUACUAGCUGCUUCAUCGCUCAGAUCGUCAUUUAUUUGAAGACAAAAACGUACUUCCUUCAACAGAGGGAAGGCCGAUGUCAAUCGAUAGGGUCACUAUCACAAGCCGAUCGGCCGAAAAACGUCCUCGAACAAUCAACGGCAAAAUCACCAGAAUUUUUCGUUCACGUCGGCAGCAAUGCAAUUAGUAAACUCGAAAUAGAAGCCACGUGGACAUUAGCGCAAGGUGUUACAUCACUAGCUAUCAUUUCUUCACCCAUAUUUAUUGUUUGGCUAGGAGCAUUCUAUUGCAGUCACGUCUAUGACGAUUGCACGGCCGUAACUUGGAUGAUUCCAUAUUUUCGGGAACUUGUGCUCGUUCACACCGUUUAUAAUCCAAUCAUGUACAUCUGGCGCAGCCACGAAUUUUCCUCAGCUGUCAAGCGUAAAUGCUGCCUAGGCAACGCAAAUGUUACCUAG